UCUCAACGACACAACACGCACUAAAAGUAAAGGUGUAGCCCAGUGUUAAUGAAGCUGGUCUCAUGUCAACUAAUGGCCCAGAGGCAACGGACAGAGUAAAGUCCUCAUUCAUUCGUUACUUUUAGUACAAAAGUGUUCAGCAGUAACUUCCAGCUAAGCGUUGGAGAGUUUUCUUGUAAAGCACGAAGCAGCGCAGCAGCAACGCCCCGGGGCCGAAAUUAAGCACUCACUAUGUCUGAUGGGGACUACGAUUACCUCAUCAAAUUCCUAGCCCUCGGUGACUCCGGUGUAGGAAAAACGAGCUUUCUCUAUCAAUACACAGAUGGGAAGUUUAACUCCAAGUUCAUCACUACAGUCGGAAUUGACUUCAGAGAAAAACGAGUCGUUUACAAAUCAACGGGUCCAGAUGGGUCAUCAGGCAAAGGACAGAAGAUCCACAUGCAACUGUGGGACACUGCAGGACAAGAGAGGUUUCGGAGUUUGACGACUGCGUUCUUUAGGGAUGCAAUGGGUUUCCUCCUCCUGUUUGACCUCACAAAUGAACAAAGUUUCCUCAACGUCCGAAACUGGAUGAGCCAGUUACAGGUUCAUGCGUACUGCGAAAAUCCAGACAUAGUUCUGUGUGGCAACAAAUGUGACCUGACAGACCAGAGAGCAGUGAGUGAAGAAGAGGCCCGCGAGCUGGCAGAGAAGUACGGAAUCCCUUAUUUCGAAACGAGCGCUGCAAACGGACAGAACGUCAAUGAGGCUGUGGAUGUCCUGCUGGACCUCAUCAUGAAGAGGAUGGAGCGAUGUGUUGACAAGUCCUGGAUCCCGGACGGGACCGUCAGAGCCAAUGGACCCACCAACCCAGACAUCUCAGAGGGCUCAGAGAGGAGCAAAUGUGCCUGUUAGGAUGGCGAGGAGCCAUUUUAGUUGUCCAUGUGCAUAACGCUGAUGUAAAAAUAGGUCGUCCAAGUUUAUAUGUUGUAUUCUGUGUUAGGAAAAACUUAACAAUAAUUUGUGCCCAUUACUGAUAUUCUAUUAGACAGACUGUAUUGUAUGUCAGUACAGAAUGAAGUCAAUAGGUUUCAUAUCAUGGGUCUUUAAUUCAUUCAUAUUGGUUGCAAGUGUUGGAUAUUUAUUUGUUACAAUGCCUAAAUAUCCAACUUCUAUUCAGCUCUAUCAGUUGAAUAUAUUGAUCGUAUUUUCAGGUAUAAACUUUGAGCUCUGUGUUGCAGCAAAGUGAGCUGCCAUGCAAGAUGUGUUAUAAAUAUACUGUUGAUACUCUUUACAUGCUGAAGGGUUUGCAUGGAGUCACACUCAUGGAGUUAAAUCAAGAAAGGAGUCACUUGUAUUUCUCUUUCUACUGCCAGGCAAGGGUUUACUGUGACACUAACAGUCACCUUCUUUCACUGUGGAUAUACUUUUAGCUGCUUUAGGUAAGCAGCUCGAGUUUGUACUAUCAAUGCUCUGCUGAAUGUGCAGGUUUAAUGCUGGAGUCGCACAAGUACUACAGCCAGAAAAAAAUGUAGCUCUCAUUGACCAUCCAGAAUUGAUAAGAUGGACAAUUAACACUUGUUUCCUUUUCUGAAUCAACACUCGUGUUUGUCCGCCUGCAGAACGUGAAUCAUGGAAUACAGUUUGACCAAAUCAUCGACAUUUCAUUAGUAAGCACAGUGACAGUUUUCUCUUAUACUUACAUUUUUUAAAAUUAAAAAUUUAUGUUCAGUAGUCUAUUAAGAGGAAUAAAUAUAUCAUAACUAAAACUAACUCAGGCAAUUCUUCAUCUGCUGUAUAAAAGAUCUAUGCAAAUGUAUAUUUGAAAGAAAAAUGUUCCUAUAUUGACUGUUUGUGUUAUUCAGAUUUACCUUAAAACUACAGUAUAAGAUUUUGGACAUUCAGGAUUCAGGUUUAAAAUAUAAAAAUAUGGCAACUGGACCAUUUACUUUUUGAUUCUUAAACUAUGGAGAUGAAGCUUCGCCUUUCGAGAAAAUAGUUUCUUACUCUCCUAAAACAUUAAUUAUGAGACAGAAAGAGCAGAGGUGGUAUUUCACACAACAAAUACCGUAAGUUUUACUAUUGUUUUAUCGCCUUGGUCGAAUAGUUUGCUGUUAGGUGCCAAAAGGACGCUCCAUUUAUAAAAAUCUCUAAACCUCAGAAGAUUGUUGGAUUGUUUUGUUUCAGGUAUUCAUGUGACAAUAUGCAAACAAGGCAAUGUAGAUUUUGUAUUAGGCAAGCAUUGUUUUUUCCUUUUUUCCCCUCCUUUUAAUAAGGAAGGAAACAAAAUGGAGUUUGGUUUACCUUCACAGUGUGCAUUUAAAAUCCUAGUGAUUACCACUUCAAAUCAGUUUAUUAGACCACUGAUAUUUUAUAUUUUACAGUAUUUACACUUAGUAAAACACUGAAAUGACACUGUGAGAAUAUUUGUCCCAGCUGUGUUUAACAGUAUCACACACAUACACAUUAUAAUACACUGUCAUUGUUUUCUGUAUUAAAAAAAGUAUAAAUACUUGUCACUCUUUAAAUUCACAGAUUAUAUGUCACAAAAACUGAAUUUGAUAUUAGUAAAACUAAAUGAAAAUCUUCUUUCAAUUGUGCACUUUCAUGUGCAAAAUAUGUACAUUUUGUCCAAAAAUAAACAUUUUUAUUUAUGUA